GAAUUUUAUUCUUUCUUCCACAAAUGGAAACAACAACAACAAGUCAGAGUCGCUUCAAGAAACCACUCGUAUAAAGCUGUGAUCUCCCGCUGGGACUUUGAGCCUUAAAUGCAGCAGGACGGGGACUAUGGGGAUUGUUGCAUCCGAGACUGAGCCCGAGAAGAGGAGGGAAACCUGCGCAACAUAUCGCUUCCUAAAGUAACUUGUCCCCGUUUAUCUCGUAUUUUCCCUCCGCAGCUGCUUCACCAUGCAGAGCAACAGCAGCGGCUCCGCAGCGCUGAGCGCGUGUGGAGAGGAGGACGAGCGCGAGAUCUCCAGAGUGGUCAGUCCCACCGGAGCAGCCUCCAACCUGGCUCCUCUCAACAUCUCCCUGAGCUGCUGGCUGCACGUCCUCUCCAAGGAGUCCUCCCUGGACCUGCACGGGGACGGAGCCAACCUGGCCGUGCGAGUCCUCAUCGCCCUGGUCUACCUAGUGGUGUGUGUGGUGGGGCUUGUGGGUAACUUGCUGGCACUCUUCCUGCUCCACUCCCGCCGACGGGGCCACCACCACUCCUCCAUUGACUGCUUCGUGAUGAGCCUGGCGCUGACGGACCUCCAGUUCGUCCUCACCUUGCCGUUCUGGGCCAUAGACACGGUGCUGGACUUCCGCUGGCCUUUCGGCCGCAUCAUGUGCAAGAUCGUCAGCUCGGUCACCACCAUGAACAUGUACGCCAGUGUCUAUUUCCUCACCGCCAUGAGUGUGACCCGCUACCGCUCCCUGGUUACCUCACUGAAGAUGGAGAGCCCAAGGAUCGCCACUGCUCGGGCCAAGUGGGGCAGCUUAACCAUCUGGGUGGUGUCACUGGUGGCUACGCUGCCUCAUGCGUUCUACUCCACCACAGUCCAGGUAUCUGCUGAUGACGAGCUGUGCUUGGUGCGGUUCUCUGACUCCGACUCAGGUCACUGGGAUCCACAAGUCCUGCUCGGACUCUAUCAGAUGCAAAAGGUCCUCUUAGGAUUUGUCGUGCCCUUGGUCAUCAUCAGUGUGUGCUACCUCCUGCUCCUGAGGUUCAUCCUGAGCCGCCGCAUAGUGGGCAGUGUGGUCAGUGGAAGCGAAACCGAGAAGUCAGAGAGCGAGAGGGGACGCCAGCGCCGCCGCUCCAAGGUCACCCGCUCCGUCACCAUCGUAGUUCUGUCCUUUUUCAUCUGCUGGCUGCCCAACCAGGCCCUCACCAUGUGGGGGGUGUUAAUCAAGUUUGACAUAGUGCCCUUCAGUAAAGCCUUCUACAACGCGCAGGCCUACGCCUUCCCCCUGACUGUGUGUCUGGCCCACGCCAACAGCUGCCUCAACCCGGUGCUCUACUGCCUGAUCCGACGGGAGUACAGGGCUGGACUGAAGGAGCUUCUGCUCAGGGUGUCUCGGUCCCUCCAACGUGUCCUCAGACUGGCUCUGAGAGGGAGACGAGUGGAGGAGGCACCAUCCUGCCUGGUCGGGAUACACAAAGACAUCAACAUGUGAUUCACUGUCGGAGGGAAAGUUUGAUAUUUUGGGGAUAGGUGCUCAUUUACUUUUUUCUUGCUGAGAGUUGAAGGAGAAGAUUGAUCUCCCUCCCAUGUGAGAACAGGAAAUAGGAGGCAACAGCCAGCACCUGGUUAACUUUACUUAAAUAACUAAAACAGUCAGGCUUUAACAUAAAACCCUCACAGCUAGAAUCUGCAGAAAAGCUGAGAUGUAAAGAUGACCACCCGCUGUUUUACGGAGGUUUAUGUUUCAGACUAUAUCUUGGACGGGACCGGUUAUUUCCUGGUACGAUUAAUUUUGUUCAUCCAAUAAUGAGCCAGGUGUUAAUUACUGGGUGCUAAUGAAAGAACUUUGUCACCAUGUUGGCUCCCUGUGUUUCCAGUCAUUAUGCUAAGCUAAGCUAACUAGCUGCUGUAGCCUCAUAUUUGCACAGUAAGGACGGCAGGCAGCAUAUUUUCUAAAUUUUCCUAUUUUAUGAUGCCAUAAACAAGUUUUUCCCCACUAUAACUUCUUUCAAGAGCUGGUCUUUCAGUUUAAGAGCAGCACAUAAUUUCAUAUUCAGAUUUUGUAAAGCUGUCGCAUUCAAAUAGUCUGUGCUUGUGCUCAAACUUUGCAGUCAGAUAUUUUGUUGCCUGCACAGACAUCCUGCGCUCCAGCUUCACUCGUGACUGACUGAUUCUGUGUGAUUUAAUUCAUGCAACAAUUCUGUCAAAAUUCUCCAACCAAUAGAAUGCCAGCAAUAGUUUUUUUCCAAUGAAAUUGUCACUUCCUGAUUGUCGGUGUGUCAGCUUACUUUACUUUACUAGCCUCGUAAGGGCGGUUACCUUUUAUGAACUUUUAUACAAAAGCGGAAGGUUUGAGCACAAGCAGAACAGAUCUAAGCACAAACAAUUCGAGUGAAAGCGUUACAAAAUCUGAAUGUAACAUCAAUCAAUCCCGCUCUCCAACUGAAAGACCUCACUAUGCAUCACAAUCUAUUUCACACACACGCACACAAGCAUGCCAACACACGUCGAAUCGAUCACCUUGGAGAGAGAGUUGAAAGAAUCAAACUCCUCCAAUCAGUCGACUCUGAGUUAUUCUUUCCGACGCAAUCAAGCAAAGUGCAGUGUACUAUUUGAGAUUGUCAGAUUUGCAUUAUGUCUGAUGUGUUUAAUAUCUGUAUUAUUGUAGCUAACUCAGUUAGAGCAUUAGAAUCUGUCUAAUGUCAUUCACAGUAAAACUUAACCCCAGGAUAUAUAUAUAUUAUUUGUAUUCAGUGUCGGUAGUGUUUGAUAGAGCAUGAUGCUGUGUGCCAUUUUCAUGUCUCUUUGUGUCUGCCUUGCUCUGCUGAUGUGAAGUGUGUUGUUGAUACACAUGU